UUUUCUUCUUCUUCUAUCUUUAUUUCAUAUUCAAAGGGCUAAAAUAGAAAAUUGAUGAACAAUAAUCGUGGUGUUUAAUUAAUUAUUGGAGGAACUGAAGAGCGCUAUGAAGGAGGGUGGUGGUCGGAAGCAAGGUGCAAUGUCGCCGUGUGCGGCAUGCAAGCUUCUCCGGCGGCGAUGCGCAAAGGAUUGCGUGUUUGCACCGUAUUUCCCGGCUGAUGAGCCCCAGAAAUUUGGGAGUGUCCACAAGGUUUUUGGUGCUAGCAAUGUCAACAAGAUGUUACAGGAACUACCAGAGCACCAAAGAAGUGAUGCAGUGAGUUCAAUGGUGUAUGAGGCAAAUGCAAGAGUAAGAGACCCUGUCUAUGGAUGUGUGGGUGCAAUAUCUUCUCUUCAGCAACAAGUUGAUGUUCUCCGAACCCAAUUGGCUCUUGCACAAGCCGAAGUUGUUCACAUGAGAAUGCGCCAAUUCCCAUCAUCUAAUCAUCAUGACACUCCAAUUUCAUCUUCAUCGAAUCAUUACCAUCCAAUUUCAUCAUCACCAUCAGAGAAUAACAAUAAUUUGAGCCAGACCAAGUCCCUUUUUUCCAUGGACAUGGUCCUUGAUCAUCAAUCCAAUAUGGGACAGUCCCUUUGGUCAUGCUAGGAUUAUUUAUAAUAUUAUAUAGCUAAUAUAAUCAAUUAGGUUACGGAGUGAGUGCAUAUAUUAUUGGACAUGCAUUAUUAUUAUUAUUAUUAUUAUUAUUAUUAUUAUUAUUAUUAUUAUUAUUAUAUCACGGGCUUGCUUUAUUGUCUGCCUCAUUAGUACCUUUUAUUUGCUUUUUUUUUU